AGAACGAGUUAGAAAAGAACAAACGCAGGAACAAUUGCAAAAAAAAAAAAAAAAAAAGCCUGAAGUUGCCUUCUUGAUGUGCAGCCCAAUUAAUCGAGCUCUAAAAGCGCCACCUCAUGUGUCGUGCAUACAUUAGAGCCUCUGAUGAGUCUGUCUUUGGGGACUCUGAAGCGGCUCUACCCAGUGUCAUCACAAAUUACCAGGAGAAAUUGCUUGCAGCUCACAAUCACAUCUGCUUUUGGCAAGAACUCUUGUACUCCAUGUCUGUUUGUCCUAAGCCUGCUUUUCGCAGCAUUUAAGCAAAUCGAGAGCCCGUGCCAUUACUGCAGUUUCAACUGGCAAAUUUCAGAAGCUGUGCAGAAAAGGCCUGGUGCUGCAUUUAUCUCUGAUGGCAAAAGUUAGUCUUUGUGGGCUUAUCGGGACGUGAUGCUUCAGGAUUUAAAUGUCUUCUUCCCUGCUUGUUUGCAACACAGAAGUUUAGCUCAAGUUCCUGACAAUGAUGAGCAGUUUGUGCCAGACUUCCAAGCUGAAAACCUGGCUUUCCACAGUCUCCCGCUGAAAAUCAAAAAGGAACCCCAGAGUCCUUGCUCGGAGUUAAGCUCCACUUGCAGUCAAGAACAACCUUUCCAGUUCAGUUAUGGGGAGAAGUGCCUGUGUAAUGUCAGUGCCUAUGCUCAGAAGCCACAAGUGGGAAUGAAGCCUUCCUGUUCACCAACGCCAUCCUGCAGCACACCAGUGUCCCCUCUCCACCAUGCUUCACCUAAUCCAGCACCAACUCCCAAACCAGACAGGACCUAUCCUUCUCACCUUCCACCGUCCCAGCAUAUACCUGACAACUCUUUCUCAAUGGACCACAGGUUUCGACGACAGUUGUCAGAGCCCUGCCAUUCAUUUCCCACACCCUCUGCAAUGUCCAGAGAUGGUCGGCCAAUGUACCACAGGCAAAUGUCAGAGCCUAACAUCCCAUACCCACCACAGGCCUUCAAACAGGAGUACCCUGAUCCUGUAUAUGAGCAUGCUGCCAUGGUGGGGGGUCCAGCCAGUCAGAAUUACCCUCCAUCAAUGAUUAUCAAACAGGAGCCAAGGGAUUUCACUUAUGACUCAGAAGUGCCUAGCUGUCAUUCCUUCUACAUGAGGCAAGAACGUUUCCUGCCUCAUUCCAACAGAACUGAAGGUUGCAUGUAUGAUAAAGUACCGAGGCACUUUUAUGACGAUACCUGUGUGGUUCCUGAGAAGUUUGAAGGUGAUAUUAAACAGGAACCUGGCAUGUACCGGGAAGGACCCUCGUACCAACGGCGAGGAUCCCUUCAGCUUUGGCAGUUUCUGGUAGCCCUCUUGGAUGACCCUUCCAACUCCCACUUUAUAGCCUGGACAGGUCGAGGCAUGGAGUUCAAACUCAUAGAGCCAGAAGAGGUGGCCCGUCGUUGGGGCCUUCAAAAAAACCGUCCAGCCAUGAACUAUGAUAAAUUGAGUCGCUCCCUUCGCUAUUACUAUGAAAAGGGAAUUAUGCAAAAGGUAGCUGGGGAGAGAUAUGUGUACAAGUUUGUUUGUGACCCUGAAGCGCUUUUCUCAAUGGCAUUUCCAGACAAUCAGCGGCCAGUGCUGAAGACAGAUCUGGAGCGCCACAUCAAUGAGGAAGACACAGUCCCACUGUCCCACUUUGAUGAGAGCAUGGCCUAUAGGCAAGAAGGAGCCUAUUGUAGUGCCCACCCCUAUAAUGAAGGAUACGUGUAUUAAUAACUGAUGUGGCAAAUCAGCCCUCAGAUGCGUGUGUGUAUAUAUAUAUAUAUAUAUAUAUAUAUAUAUAUAUAUAUAUAUAUAUAUAUAUAUAUAUAUAUAUAUAUAUAUAUAUAUAUAUCAAGACUGGAUUAGGAUUCACCCUGGUUAUUUUUUGUAUAUCUCUGACAUCACGCAGUGGGAUCUUCUUUUCAGUUACACCCAUGAUCCAUCACAGAUAACGCACUUUAUUGAUAAAGACUGAAAUUGUAAUAUAAAUAAAGAAGGAACUGGUGGCUUUACUUUAUACUGCCGAAGCUUUUCAGGAUGGCAUUUGGAGAUGGACUACAUUCAAGGCAAGGCCGUUGCUGAGCAAGAACGGGUUUGCAAUGUUAAUUUGAGAGGUACAUAUCUGAUUAUUUUUCUUCUGCUGGUGUCAGCAAUAUAGUUCAUUCAAUUUUUAUUCAUGCAAAUUAUGUUUGACUUCAUGGUAAUUUUGAGGUGGCGAGAUACCACUUUUAAAGUUAGACUUGGAAAACUGAUAGUACGCUGUAAUACUCUCCAAGGCAUAAACUUCAGGCCACAUUUACUGGUAGUAGGUUUUUGGCAAAACUUGCAUAAAUCGGUGUCAUUUCCGCCCCCCCCCCCCCCCCCCCCCCCCAACAAAAAAAGGUUAAAAUACUAAAAGGUCUGCACAAUAUUUAGUAUUGUGAAGAUUUUUUUUUUUUUUGCACCAUUGUUUAUUUACUGAAGUGUAACUGUAUUUUUAAAUCACACCUCAAUAUCAAUGCUGUAUAAACACAUAUAAGCACUCUGUAAUGAAAUAUAUUCAGUAAAUAGGUACUUUGUGGUUUUAGGUUUCAGGGUAGCUGUUUUGAAUUUGUUUAUAAAAUAUAGGAGUAUGUUAAUAGAAUGUGCUUCUGCUGCUGUCCUGUUUUCCAUAAUAAUCUUCAUAAAGCAGGGUUAACUAAAGCAACUCAAAGCAAUGCUGGAAGCAGCAUUUCAGGACAACAUGGAUGAGUUAGGAAACUUACGCUGAAUAUAUACCGCAAGCAGCUGUAACGCAUUAGACGGGAGAGUAGUGUGCUUCACAGUGCUAAGGGAAAUUGUAUACAGAUCUUUUGGUGGGAUGGAAAAUUAAAAGCUAUGUACAAAGUAUCAGUGAAAAAAAAAAAAAGUAUACAAAGUUUGACCUUGUAGUGCUGGCACUGUCUUAUAAUGUACCUAUGACAUACCUAUGACAUACCUGUGAUAAUAAAUGUAAAUGCAGAAAGUUUCUUAGAAAUACUUUUUUUUUUUUUUUUUUUUUUUAAUUAAACUCCAUGAGAUUGCAAAUCUUGAAUUGCAGAACUCGCGCGUGGUUCUUGGUUUAAUUUCAGAAAAAGUAGUGGCUCAGUAAACUAGUCAAUCCAUUUUGAUCCUUGUCUAGGCAAGAAUACAGACAUGGAAUGAGCUACGUUUUCAGUUAGGUAGGCCAGACAUCUGGGUGGGAGUGAAAAUACCAGAACCUUGUCAGAUUCUUCAGUGUCUUUAUCAGCACAUUGCUGGUCUGUCGAAGAUCAUAAUGGCAGGGGAACUACUGUAGUGUGCACUUCAACCCUUUCUCCAACAGUGGUUCUUAGGACUUAGAGACAGCUGUGGGAAUUGACCUCUGAAAUGUAUAAAUGCAAAGAAGUAGCCUCGACUUGGAACCAAUUGCAAUGGUCUCGGAGCACUUAGUUGAAUGUUACAACAGUGCAUUUGGUUUUCUAAUUUUGUUUGGUUGACAGACAGUAUCAUAUUCAAAUGUAAAGGCUCUUGUAACAUUUUGUAUACUGAAUUUGCUCAUUGAUUGAACCAUUUAAUUGCAUGCAAAAAAGGAAAACCCACUUUUUUAAAAUGGAAAUAGGGAAAUAUUUUACAUGUUUGAAAAAUAUAAUUGCCAAUGUAGUGAGGACGAAACUUGUGUGCUGAAGCAUUUGGCAUGCAUCUAGUUACUUGUCUGGCAAGGGUACAGUUAAUUUUGGUUUGAGGCUUCUUUAAAAAAAAAAAAAAAAAAAAAAAAAAAAAAAAAAAAAAAAAAAAAAAAAACGCAAAGAUGUGUGGUACUUACAAGUUGUAAAUUAAUAAAUAAAUCAUUAUUUUGAAUGCCCCAUCUGAGUUGACAAACUUACUAACAAUCAUGUUAAUAAAAAGAAAUGCAGUGUACAUGAUAUAUACGACCCCAUACUUCUUUUAUUGUGUUUGUAACCUUUUUUUUUUUUUUUUUUAAAUAACUUGUAUGUCAAGGUUUAUAUAAAAAUUGUCUAAAUGCUGCUUUGGUCAUUUUUUUACAGGCAGAUAAAAAUAAAUAUGGCAGCUGAAUUC